AUGACUCACGGAGAAGUUAUCACGCGAACGGACACCGGCUGGAGUGUUGCCCUUCUGUCGGGACUUGUGGCAUUCUUGACUUUGGCCAGCUUCCGAUCGUCGGGUUACUUGUACGUUGAAAUCAUGAACGAAUUCAGCGUGGACCGUGGCUCAGCAUCAUGGCCUGUCAGCGUGCUUGGGACACUUAUAGAUAUUGGCGGUGUCUUGUCAAGCCCACUGACCCGAUACUUUUCUGUGUCUACUGUCCUGCUGAUAGGCACACUUAUAACAACGCUUGGUAUGACACUCUCCGCCUUUGCUCCUGGUAUUUUGUGGUUAACUAUAACUAUGGGAAUAAUUCAUGGAAUUGGCUCAGGAACCAUAAUGACCAUGCUCCAAGUGCAGCUGAGUGCCAACUACAAGAGAUACAGAGGAAUGGCUCAUGGAAUCAUGUAUGCCGGAGCCACACUGUCUUCGUUUGUCGUCCCGCCAUUGCUACCCCUUUUGCUAAGACACUACGACUUUCGGAGCACACUGCUAUUGUUUGGAGGCAUCCUGCUUCACACCUUUCCCAUAAGUCUUUUUUUGGAUAUCCAGCAGAAAAACAAUCAACUGCUAUGUCUCCCAACUUAUUACAUUCUGGUCAUCUCGUGGCUAGUCAGGUGCUACAACUUUGACAUUUUUGUGGCGACGAUUGUCGAUUUUGCUACUGACAAGGGAGCUUCGAAACCUGACGCGGUCUGUCUGCUCUCCUACAUGGCCGUUCCAGACCUUCUCGGCCGCCUCUUUUUGCCCCUUCUUGCAGACCAAGAGUACUUGCGACGAAGCACACUAGUUGCCUGCAACUUUUUCUUCAUGGGGAUGGCCAUCCUGAUAUUGCCCGAUGUGAAUUCAUAUGUUAGUCUGUUGACUGCAACUCUGGCAAUUUCCUGUUUCUUGGGAACUGCGGUGGCCAUGCACGGCGUUGUGAUGGCGGACACUGUCGGCUUGAAAAGGCUGCCGGUGAGCUACGGCUUCACAGGUGCUUUGUGUGGGCCUCUGCUUUUCGCCAAGCCUUUUUUCAUUGGUUACUUUCGAGAUUAUCAUGGGAAGUACGACGCCAUGUAUCGGGUACUUGCUGGACUUCUUUUGCUCGUCAGUCUGAUGUGGUUUGUAGCAGUUUAUCUUGAAAAGCCAGCACCUGGAAGCCACGAAGACCAGAGGAAGCCGCAUCCAGUGAAUAUAAAAGAAGUUUAA